UGAAACAAUGGAUACCCAAUAAAGUUUUAAGUCACUUCUUCAAGAAACCCAUAUUCAUUAUUUAUGUCAUCGUUUUGUAACUCUGAUUUUACUGUCCACAAAUUUGGAGUUGAACGUUCCAUGGAGGACUUACUUGCGGAUAGUGUUUUCAAUGGUGACAGAGAGGCUCAGAUUCAAGCUGCUUCUCAGUUUGGUAAGUUAAGCAGCAAACAGAAGCAGAAACUGGUUGACAGAGGCGUCAUAGUUCCGCUGGUUUCAAUGCUUCAUUCACAGGAUUAUGAAGCCAUUGAAGCUGCAUUGUUAUCUCUACUUAGUCUUGCAUUUGGCAGUGAACGGAACAAGGUCCGGAUUGUAAAAUCUGGAGUUGUGCCAGUGUUGUUGGAGCUCCUUCAAUGCCAAAGCUUGGUGCUGAUUGAACUUACAGUUGCAGCUAUGUUGAUUCUUUCUUCUUGUGUGGCAAACAAGUUGGCAAUUGCAUCUUCCGGGGCAAUUCAACUUCUUGUUGAAAUCUUGAGAGGAAACAUUGAUAAUAACAACGGUCGCAUUAGCAUACAAGCUAAGAUUGAUGCUAUUGCCACUCUCCAUAACCUCUCAACGUGCCCUCAUCUUAUCCCAUCAGUUGCCUCUUCUGGUGUCAUAUAUCCCUUGCUUCAGAUAAUCCAAGCUUCUGAGAAAUCAUCAGAGUUCACGGAGAAGGCGAUUGCGUUGCUUGAGAACAUUGUUUCACUGUCAGAAAAUGCACUUCAAGAGAUUGCUGCCACUGGCUGCGCAAUUCGGGCCUUUGUUGAGGUUAUUGAAGAGGGGUCUAUGCAAUGCAAGGAGCAUGCAGUGUCAAUCCUGCUAAUGAUAUGCCAGAGCUGCAGAGACCAAUACCGAGGCUCAAUCUUGAGGGAAGGGGUAAUGCCUGGGCUGCUGCAGUUGAAUGUGGAUGGAACUUGGAGGGCGAAAAACAUGGCAAGAGAAUUGUUGCUACUUCUCAGAGAUUGCUCGGAUUAUGAGUCAAGAGGUGAACAAUCAAAGCAUGAGCUCAUGGAGCAGAUUAUGCAGGAGAUAGAUACCGAAGGAGAGAGGGUUGGUGAAACAACCCUCAGACUGGUUGAAGAAAUGAUUGCAAAACUCAGUACCAGAUAAUUGUUGCUUAAAAUUACAGAGUUUUGACCAAUGUGUAACAUAAUAUGUCAGUUGUUCUGUGGGUCUGGACUUGUGUAAGUAAAGAUUUGGUUUGCAUCGCUUUUGCAUACUUUUUUUUGGGUAAUUAGGAAACUUUAUU